GCCACCGCCACCGCCGCGGGAGGCAGCCCCGCCCGCCCGCCCUCCGCCUUGCGACAGCCGGCUCCCCCCGGCCGCGGGGCCGCCGGUUGGCCGGCGCUCAGCGCCGCUGUCCCGGCCGCUGCAUGGAGCUGUCGGCCAUCGGGGAGCAGGUGUUCGCGGUGGAGAGCAUCCGCAAGAAGCGCGUGCGGAAGGGUAAAGUAGAAUACCUGGUGAAGUGGAAAGGAUGGCCCCCAAAAUACAGCACAUGGGAGCCAGAGGAUCAUAUCUUGGACCCUCGCCUGGUAGUGGCUUAUGAAGAAAAGGAAGAGAGAGACCGUGCAUCGGGGUACAGGAAAAGAGGCCCCAAACCGAAGCGCCUCCUCCUGCAGCGACUGUAUGGCAUGGACUUGAGGAGUGCCCACAAGGGAAAGGAGAAGCUCUGUUUCUCUCUUGCGCGGAGGUUUGGAGGAGGAGACAGUAGCCUGCCAGGGGCCAAGCCAGGGCAGGCAGAGUUCUCAGAGAAGACUGGGGGAGCGGUCCUGCCAUUCUCUCUCCGGAAGCAACGCAAAAACCAGAAGUACCUGCGACUGUCAAGGAAGAAGUUCCCCCGCAUGGCGAGCCUGGAGAGCCGAAACUGCAGGCAUGAGUUCUUCCUGAAUGACGCAGUGGGCCUAGAGGCCAGACAGGGCCCUGAGGACUGGGAGGCCAUGCAGCACACCAGCAAAGAAGCAGAUGUGGAUGGCAAUCUCCCUUGGAUUCCCACUGUGCCCCCCAGCGAAGUGACAGUGACAGACAUCACAGCAAACUCCAUUACCGUCACUUUCAGAGAAGCACAAGUGGCUGAGGGCUUCUUCCGAGACCGGAGUGCGCAGUUCUGAAUCCCUGUUUUCAGUGCUCCCCAAAACUAGUGCUUUUAGGGUGGGGCUAGGGAAGGGUUAUUUUAUCCCUUAAGAAAAAAAAAAAAAAAAAAAUCCAAAAUGUCUCCUCUUAAAAUGUUUACAGACACCUUCUUUUUUUUCUCUUCUCCUUUCCCCCCUUUCAGAUACGCAAAAAAGGGCAGUGUAGGGGGUGUGUGUUUGUCAUUGCUUUGUCCAUCUGAAAAACUGACAGCCCUUUCCCUGGCAAAGACUCCCCUCCUAGAUGUGAAAGCAGCAAGCUGAACAAUUCGCCUUUUAUCCUGUUAAGUGGCGGCAGCUGCAUUUGUGGGGAGAGGGCAUGUGGAGGUGGAAAGAGAUCUGGAUCUCUAGCCUGCCGCCUUGUUCUGCAAUUGAUAUCCCUUGGAUAAAGAUACUUCUCUGUGCAUUGCUCUUCCCACCUUCCUCCUCCCUCUCUUCCUGCAGCAGUGAGAGGCGAUGGAUCCUACCUGUUUAGAUAACUCCAGCCUGUUAAGACUUUCUCUCCAGUGCUGUUUUCCCUGUGGCCUGCUGUCAGGACUUCAGAACCAUAUUUGCCUGUCUGUGGUAAGUCAGUCUUUGCAGCACGGGUCUGUAUAGACAGCAGAGGUUUCUUUCUUUGAUUGGUGAUCAUGCGGAAAGACUGAAAUGCAUCUCUGAAAUCUAGAUCGGCGACAUAAAUUCAAUUUGCCCUCAUUAUAAGCUCAGAAACCCAGCGCAGUUGAGACAUACCAUUCUGUAUAUGCUAAACAGGAUUUCCAGGCUCAGCUCUGCUGUGUGAGGAAUGUGUUAUGGAAAGUGGGGUGUUCUUCCCCUUUGCCAAUUUCAGUAUUAAUAACAAAUGCUGUCCUGAAUCUGUGGUAAUAAGUUGGUUGAAAACUGACUCCUCUCCCCUGGGAGGAGGUGCUAAUAGGACAACCAAAGCAUUGCCUGGCACUGCAAAGAUAUCCAAGAUACUGGCACAGGCCCAGGACACAGGAAUUGAACAGAACUGAGCCAGAAAUGGACCUUGAUUAGCAGCAAAUUCUGUUCUUGGAUCCCAUUGGGACAUCCAAGGUAAACAGCAUGUGGGGAAGGCAUACAUUAGAUUUGAGGAGGGGAAAAAAUUUCUUAAUUCUUAGCAAUGAGAAUUCUUGGAUUCUACUGCCUGAGUAAUAUUCUUCCGUGACUCCAGUCUCCUCACAGUAUCUGUGAUCCUGUACUACUUUACUGAUGGGAACUUCCCCUUGGAAGGCUUAAAAAUCUUUGCCAAGGAAAGCAGUCUGCAUUUCAAUAGACCCUGCCUGAUCUUGCACUUAAAAAUGCCUUGUGCUGGACUGCCUGUGACACUUUGAGGUUUUUGAAGAAUUGCUGUAUUUUGAGUUGGUAGUUUAGUAUAGCAUCUGUUCUCGCACGUGCAUGUUCUCCUCCUUUUUUUUAAAAAGCAAAUUUUAUUUAACUAAAUUUGUAAAUCUAGACCUUUUCCUAUGGAAAGCAAGAAAAGUAAGCUAGAGUCUAAGGUGGGGACUGCAGGACAGAGUGCAGCAGGGUGACAUUGGCUACUGCCAUGAUUAAUGUCCUUAAAUCCUUUGUUUCCUCUCCCCACCCCACCUGAAGCAUCUCUUAUCUGCUGUAUUUUUUCUAAAUGAAGCUAAGAGCCUUCUGAGCUCCGAGGUAAAGACAUCUGUGGAAACCCUCAAUGUGUUCCUUUGAGGGGCAUGGCUGUUGGCCUGCAGAAUUUGGGAGCUCUGGGGCUUCUUGUCCUCCAAACAUCUACUUUUUGCAAAGUGCUUGGACUGCCUCUAUGGUUUUUAUUAAAAGCAGGUUUUACCUCAGAUAGAAUGUGGCAGCUCAGUGUAGACUUAGGAUUUCCCCUUCCAUCUCGUAGCUGUUUGAGCAGACGUGUCCUCCACUGUGUCACAGUAGUUUCAGGACCACUGGGAAGAUGUUGAAUUUCUGGACUAACCUUUUGUCACUCGAAGAAGUGACAUGGGAGUCUUAUUAUGGAGAAAUCUGAGAAGGUGAGAAGUGGAAGCUGCGGGAGGGGGGGUGGGGUGUGGGUGCCUAGAAUUAUGUGGUGGGAGCAAGAAUGAGUGGGAAAGAAGCUUGCUGUAGCUAGCAAGGGCAAAUUGAUGAGGUAAGCACACAGGCUCAGGAUGUUUGUUGAACGUGGGUGUCCAGAGCGAGGCUUCUGUAUCUGGAGUUGCACCCACUUUUGCAGGAUGUGGGGUCAGACAUUGUUGUCAUCGUCACCCACACACACACCCACAGGCCCCCUCUUCCCAACACCUGCCAAAUGUGCCAAAUACCUGCAUCUCUCUUUUGUCAUAACCAGUGGACACACCACACGGGUGAGUCCACUCUUGAGGGUUGUAGCAGGUCAAGUAGUUAGGUUGAAAAAGCAUAAUAUUUUAGCUUAUUUUUUUAAAAAGUCUUGAACUCCAGCUCAUCCUGCUAAAUCUUCAAGGCAUUUAUAGGUUCUGGUUUCUUUAUUCUAAUGCGGCUACUGCUGCCUUUGUCCUGUCUUUAUCUCAGUGUAAAAAUACACCAAAAAAGCUUCCUAUUUACUAAGGAUCCUAGCUUUGGUUGACAUCGGAAGCAAUACCAGUCCUGCAACAGGAAAGAGCUUGUCCUAAUAAACUGAAUUUCCAUCCUCUGCUUUUCUUUCCACUCACCAGCUGAGACUUCUCAAUGUUUUGUUUUGGCAUUUCUCUUUCAACAUUUUUGGUUCCUCUUGCAGUGGAGUUUUCAAAGACCUGUGGUGGUCUUUCAAAGAGGAUCCACCUACAGCUUCAUAUCUUAAUCAUUUUUUGGAUCAAGCUAGCUGGUGUUCUGCUGGUGACUAAUCAUCUCACUAUAUGAAGUGUUAAACAAAGUACCUGGCUAGCAUGCUGCUUUGUGUACAGGUCAAUGAGGAGUUAACCCUUAUCGGAUUGAGCGUGGGUGGGUUUGGUUUGUGUGUGUGUGUGUGAGGAGGAGUUUGUGGUAGGAAACUAAGCAGUUACUGUGUUGGGGUGGACUUUUUUUUUUGACAUUCAUGAAUUUUUGCUUAUCUUAAGAAUCUUUUUUGAGAAGAUUUUUCUCUUGAUCUUUUUAAAAUGUGGCCCUGUUCCAUAUUGUCUGGUGACAUAUUGUUGUAAACUUCCUUGGUAGAGCUGGUCUUCUGGAACUUUAAAAUUAGCUUUAUUCCACUUCUGCAGGUGUAGAGAUGUAUGGGGCUUUUAAUGGUGAUGGCAAGAGAGGUUGUCUGGGUUUACUUGUCUCUUCUCCUCAAUACCAUCUAUCUGAGUUCAACCCAAAAUCUGAAAAUUGAAUUGGGACCUCUUGGGCUAACAUACUGUGAAAAUCAGAUGCUGUGCUCAGAGCUUCGUUAAGCAUUCCAUUUGAUUAGAAGAGCCAGAAUAACAUCCAGCUGAAGCUGAGUUUAAUAAUUCUAUUUGAAGCACAAGCCAAGAAUAGAAAUGGGCUAACUCUCCCAUACCUCGUUUGGCUCCAUGGCUGUAAACAAGAAAAACAAACUUCAGCCAGUGGAAAUUACUGAACUGUAUGCAAGAAACAAACUUCUCAAAGAAGAAUAGUCAUUCUUAGAACUGUUUCCAUGUGAGAAUUUACCAGCCACGUUGGAGGGACAGAAGUUUUUAUGUCAUAGAUCUUCUCACAGUGAACUUGCUGUAUAUAUGACAGAACUAAGGGAUUUCAUGAGAUUGGAAAACCUUUACUGUUAACACUGUGUUUAAAAAAAAAAAAAAAAAAGUAAAAAAAAAAAAAAAAAAGACUGCCACUGUUCCUGGAUGGUUAUAAACUAGAUGUUGCUGCUCUGAUAUACAAGUGAUGCCUUGGAACAGCAAGUUUUAACACGUAAAUAGUGGCAUUAAGUAGCCUAUCUCCUGCAUGCUCCUUAUUGUCUUGCAUUUGCUUGGGGGCCCUUCGGCUUGUGAAGUCAGACCAAGGUGGCUUUUUUUUGGCUUUUUUUUUUUUUUUUUCCUUUUCCUUUUUCAAGCAAGGCCAGGAUAUUAUUGUGAAAACACCCAAAAGCAGUUCCAUUUGCCAAAAUAAGCCCGAAUUUGUUAGUGAAUUGACCCUUACUUGUGUUGGAGCCUUGGAAAGAAAGAAGCUUAUUGAGAAAUGAAUGGCUCUUUUUUUGUUGUUAGUGUUGUGAAACUGUCCAGAAUUGUUCUUCUGGUGUUUUGUGACUGAAUGUAUAAAAUUGUUUGUUCACCUCACAGGGGGCCCUUGGCCCCAGUGCUGUUUCCUGCUGUAUGCCAGCUAGUGCUGUUUGAUGGUUUCACUGGAAUAGAGAAGGGAGAGCUUGCACAGGUCAAAAAAUAGGCCGGGUGUGGCUCAUGCAAGACCCUCAGUGGCAGCCCCAAGAGGCCGAAAUGUGGAAGACAGCAGAGAGGGCUGUCAGCCACAUCCAUGUAUCUGGGCAAAGCUAAAUUUACUACCACCUCUCCACCCCUUCCUCUCCUCUCAAACUUUAAGUUUGUGCUUUCUGAAGUAGGGAAAGUGCAAAAACCUCCUUUUCUAAAGCUGAUUGGUAUCUGUCUACCUGUCUUCUGUUCCUCCUUUGCUUACCUGCAGCCUAGGAAGAAGAGGGCAGUGGGCCUUCUAGGAAAAUAGUAGGGGCAGGGGCUUGCCAGGGAGGGAGUUGGCUCGGAGUUGCGCUCUUUAGGGGGUUGAGGACAGGCCUUUGGGCGAGCUGGCAGUUGAGAGAGAAAGCAUGUUAGAAGUGCAAAGAGCUUGUAGUGACGCUGAUCCCUUGCAUCAGUGAGUGGACAUCCCUUGGAAUUCCAAGUGUACCCUGUGGAGAGGAGAGAGCCAGCGCUGCAUUUGUGUAUCUGUCCUUUACCAUUUGGGAAAGCAAGGGAGAUGUGUACGUUAACAGCUUGCAUGGGGUAACUUCUACAUGGGAAUGCAUAGCCAUGGCACAUACAGGUAAAGGGAACAUGUCACUUUUACCGUGCUUGUCGUAAAACAAUUUUCCCCAAGGGCAUGGUAAACUUGUUUUGAGACAAUAGCUUGUGAUAUAAGAGACCAUGUUGUCCUCUGCCUGCUGAACUUCUUGUCCUCAUAGAGAAAGCAUGAACCUUCUGGGUGUUGAACCACCUGGCUUCCACCCAAGCAGCUGGUCAAGAUGGGAAGGCCUACAAAAUAGCCCCAGGACAACUGGGAGGAGAGAGAAGCAAUCACUUAAAACUGAAUUCAGACCCUUCAAAUCCCUCCUUGUUACAAGCACUUCCUGGAGUAAUGACGCCUUUUUCUCUUCCACCUCUCUUUCCCUUGCACCCUUCAUUUCUUAAAGUACGGUGGCUUAGCAGGGAGCGGGUAGGAGAUGAUCCUGAGUUAACUGGGAGUUGUAGAGAGGAGCAGAGCUGAGUGGGAGCACGUAACGGCUGAAGGGGGGAGACGGGUUGCUGCCAAGCCAGGAGGGGGUAGAAAAGCUUUGCUCCUGAGAUUGCAGCACAGCCCACAGCAGAUGGAAACAAAGAUGCUAGGGGUUCUGGUCUGAGAGUGCCAGGCAGGUGCUGAAAGGGAGAAUUUGUAAGACUGCUCAGAACCUCUAUCACAGCUUAUCUCUUUACUGGGGUAGCAGAGUUUUGACUGGGAGAGGGAUUUUGGAGGAGGAGGAGGUGGAAAGCCUUUAUUAUUAUUAUUAUUAUUAUUUUUUAACCAGAAAAUGUAGAGUCAGCACAAAUAAGCUUUUUGCAAAUCUGUCAAAAUGUUAAGCAGCUUUUUUUUUUUUUUUUUUUUUUUUUUUUUGCUUUUAAAGCUGAAGUACGUUUUGAAGCACUUUGGAAAUGCAAAGCACUAGGAGUGCUAAGUACUCCUUACCGUCUGCCUAAAAGUGGCAUUUGAAAAGCAAAAGAUGUAUCUGUUUCAGGCCGCUGGCUGCUCCGAAUCAUUUUUCCAGAGCUGCCACCCAGCCCUUUGCCUCCCUCCCAUGGCUGAAGGGGGAGUGUGCUCCACCGUGCCAAGUAAAGGAGGGCUCCCUGAGGGAGGAGAGGAGACCUGCAAAGUCCCUCGCUUGCCCUCAGGGUGCAGGUUGGCUUCCUCCUUCCCCACCUCCUUUGUCUGAGGAAAGGGAAAAAGGAGGUUGAGUUUCAGUUUGAGUGGUCCUAGUCUGGAACUACGACCACUUCUUCAAGUUCUGGAGACAUCUUUAUUGAGUUUCUUGUACGAAAAAUUGCACCUUAUUAGCUUAGUUGAGGAACGGGGAGAUGUCUGUCGUUCUGCAGGGAGUGGGUAGAAGAAGGGAGGGUGAGCCAGGAGCUGUCUUCAGUAGCUGCUGGAUUUUUCCAGAGGCCAUUUCCUCACCUCAUCUCCAACCUAACGGUAACAAAAGAACUAAAAUAAUUUAGAUGAAGCUUUUGUUCUGCGUAUCUCAACAACCUUUUGAGCAGGCUAAGAUGAAGCUUUUUUCCUCACCUAGCCAGCUCUACAGCUGGGGGAACCCCAGUUCUCUCGCUGGGUUUUCAGCACCAACCUUUUCCCUCGGCGUACGCACAUUGUUUGGACUCUUUUGCACACUGACUCAUCUAAUUUGGUAUGCUUCCUUUCUGUUGGGGGGGCAAAGAUGGGGGAUGGGGUCAGUUAGAGGGGAGGGUCCCCAAUUAUUUUUGUUCUCGUCUCUUCAGUUGUUGCCGUUGUUCCUGUCAGCACGCUAGAGUAUGAGUCUUUGCACACAGAAAGCUUCCUUUUGCACAGAAUGAGCUUCUAGCUUUUGUACAGACUAAUUGAAUGUAUUGGGGGGGGGGGGGGGGGGGGAAUAGGGAGUAAACCAAUUCCAAACAAACCAAUCGGAGUAUAAUGCCUUUUCUGAGCGAGUAUGUGCUGUAAAAGGAGAUUGUAAUAGCAAAGGGAGGGCAGGCUCAAGUAUAAUUUGACACAAAGUGUGGUUUUAUUUUUGUACUGAUACGGAUAAGAGACUGUACAGCAUCUAUUUAUUUAGAUGAUUUAUGUGGUAAAUGUUGCAAACGAAAUUAUUAAAAUAUUAAAUAUGAGAACUGACAUUUA